AUGAGGAGGGCCCAAAGAUCAAAGAACAAGGAGGAAAGGCCUGCAAAGAGGAGAAAAACGGGGACAGAAGAAAGCCAAAUGGUACUGGACAUAACACAAAAUGUGACUGCAACAGUCCUUUCGGAGCUUCAAAAAGCAGGUGUUUUGCCUAAGACUCCUACCACUGACUCUACUUCUCUGAGUGACAGUGCCAACUCUAGUUCCACAGAAACAUUGUCAGGAAAAACAACAACAUCAAAUGCCACAAAGGAAACCGUAUCUAAGGAGACUCCGGUAGAGCAACCCCAAGAGGAUGUUGUAGAACUACCUGCCUCAUCAAUCUCAGGUACAAGAGUUUCUACAUUUGGCACCAGAUGCACGAAGGGAGCCGUCAGCAAUUCCAGAGGAAUUGAUGCCAAACAACUUUUGGACAACAUUGCAAAAUUGGCCUCAGCUGCAUUAGCCCCUUCUACAAAACUUACUUAUAAAAGAGCAUGGACAACAUUUGAUACAUUCUCUGUGUCUUUUAAGAUACCCAACAGUGUCCCAUUCAGUGUAACUACAGUGGCUCUUUUUGUGUCAUAUUUGUUUCAAGAAGCCUUCUCUCCCAGAACAAUAUCAACAUAUUUGUCUGCAAUAGCUUAUGCUCAUAAGAUGUUGAACUUUGAAGAUCCAACUCGUGCAUUUGUCAUUCAAAAGUUAGUGGCAGGGGCUUAUCGACUAGGCAAUACAUUCGAUAUUCGUUUACCCAUUACCACAAAUAUACUGAAUCGUCUUCUUGACGUUAUCCCAGAUGUUAUUAACGAUAAGUAUACACAAACAUUGUUCAAAGCGCUAUUUCUGUUUGCAUUUUCAUCAUUUGCUAGAAUAGGAGAGCUGAUAUGUGCAGCCCCUGAGAAAGCUAGUGAUGUAAUACAAUUAGCAGAUGUAACACUUUCCUCUGUUAAGGGUAAAAUCACUGCUAUAAAUGUGUGUUUCAAAAAAUUCAAACAUAACUCUAAUGGGGUACCAAAGGUCAUCUCCUUUGCUCAUGGUGAUUGUAAAAUUUCGGCUAUAUCAGCAACCACUGAUUAUUUGAAAGUUAGAACAAAUUGCCAAGGUCCAAUGUUUGUUUCAAAUACAGGAUCACCCAUUCUGCGUACCACUUUCGACAGAACUUUGCGGAGUUGCUUACGCCUUUGUAAUUUGGAUAGUUCACGUUAUAAGGGUCAUAGUUUUCGUAUCGGGGCUGCUACUGUAGCAGCAGAUAAAGGCCUAUCUGAUGCCCAAAUCAGGUCAAUGGGUAGAUGGCAUUCAAAUGCUUUCUUAAAGUAUAUCCGCUCUAAUAUGUAAGAUACCACAAAUUGUACCAUGACAAGGGCUUUUCCCCUGCUUAGCCAUAUAACCCCGUUUACUUAAAUGCCAAGUUACCUGCUUGGGCUGGUAGCUCUCAUUUAUUUCAUCUGUUAGAAGAUUAUUCUGUUUCCUGUUGGGUAUGGAACCAGUUCUUAAUUUUUGUUGCCUGACAUUUGUGACCUGAAAGUUGCUUGCUGGGGCCAGCAGCUUUUCUUAAAUUUUGUUGCGUGACAUUUGUGAUCUGAAAGUUGCUUGCUGGGGCCAGCAGCUUUUCUUAAUUUUUGUUGCCUGACAUUUGUGAUCUGAAAGUUGCUUGCUGGGGCUAGCAGCUUUUCUUGUUUGGAACAUGAAAGACUGUAAAACACCACAAUUCCCCAAUUUGAAGUUAAGUGUAUACAUGUAAUGACUUGUUACUUGCUUGGGGCUAGUGACUUAAUGUAUAUAAUACCUCAGUGCACAAUUUAAGUUUUAUUCCUUAGAGUUAAACUGUUUUGGGAUUUUCAAUCAAUUUGUACUUCCUUCUAGUCAUUAAUAAAAUUUGAAUGAAGUUUUAGAACAGGUUUUUUGGUUUGCUUGUGAUACUCUUCGAGUUGGAGCUUAACCGGUUGAGACCUUGUUUCAUAUUCAUGCGUGGCUUCUGGUGGGGUAGUUUCAGAGAUUUGGCAAAUCUCCUCAACUUUUGGAGCCUUUGGACCUCACCUUCUGCCACUUACAAUGAUUUUUCUAGUCAUGUAUGUUUGCAUACAAGUAUUUUGGAAUAUUGUAAUUUUGAUGUAUUAUACCACUUAUUGUGUUUGCAAUGGUUAUAGUUACAAAACUUCUAAUAUACAGGUUUGUCAUUCUAGACUUGUACAUUUUGCUAAUGCCUGUAAAUUGUAAUUGGUCUCAACCGGUGUUUGCUUGCCACAUUUUGUUUUUUGUAUAUACUAGCUUGAAAUAUAUCAAGUCUUAAUAAACAACAAUUUCAACAUA